AUGCUCGACUACUCAGAGAGUCCUCCAUCACUACAUCACUCGCCGGCAACGAGUGACAACGUUCUUCCUACCUCAAGGGAAUCUACUCCUCUUACUCCUGUUGGAUUUGCCGCAUCGAUCAAUCGGAGGUCAGAGAAAGAUCGAGGCAAGGACGGCCAUCUACCGUGGUUCAGGAGACCAAUAGACGUGGGCACCGCGACAACAAGCCCAUUCCCCGACUCCCCUCUUCUCGAGCCCGACUUCGACGAUCACUCUUUUCCUCUGUUCGGAGCGUCGCCUCCUGCAGGCACCAUGGCGGGUGCUGCUAACCCAAUCGACAUUGCCACCCGCCAGGCCUCUACAUCACCACGCGGGCCACAAUCCUCAAAUCUGACUUCUGCGUUGCAGGGAAAGUUAGUUGGUGAAGCGAGGCAUGUGCCAGGAAUGAGUGGCAGUGAGCGAGUGGAUAUUUCAGACACCGGAAAGUCAGCAAACGUGGUGGAUGGCGUCUCAGCAGGAGAUAACGGCGCAAAACCAAUCUCAAUGAGAGGACUACCGGAAGAUAAGAUACGCCGAGGGAGUAUGGCUCAAAGCAUGACCGCAGGCAUGAGUUGGGGUGGCAUAUCUGUGGGAAGCUGGAUUCGAGACGAUAUUAUGAUGUCGGGCACCUCUCCGUUCACAUUCGGCAAUUCGCCAUCCUUUCACUCCUCUUCGUACCUUCCUAAACUUGAAGCCAACUUCAUGCGCGAUUUCUCCUGUUGCGGCAUGACACUGCCUUCAUUGCACGACUUAUUGCAGCACUAUGAGGAAGCUCAUGCUCAGAAAACUUCGCAACAGAACAAGCCCAAUACAGCCGAUCAACCACAGAUGCCGGAUACUCGAGCCGCUAUGGCCACCAACGUAGCUGCUGCUGUACAACAACAAGCUCAACAGCAAAUCAAUUACAAGCCGAUCGCUCCAGCUCAUCCCUCGGCUCGGUCCAACCAGCCACAGCAAGACUUGCGGAAAGCUUCCACCUGUUCGAGCAACUUGCAGGCAUUUCCUGAUAUGGACACAGUAGAAGACAUGGAAAUGGAUGAUAUGGAUGGUGUGGAAGAGGAUACACCGCCGCCGAACUUAUAUACCCAAUCACACUCGAACAACCAAUCACCGCAAGCACAAUUCAGCCAGCCUCCUCAGCCCAGGUUACCUCAACUGAACAUGAACCUAUUGCAAGGCCAUCAAGGCUUGAGGAACUCAACUCCGACUACCCCGGUUACGCAAGGCCGACAAGGCCAUCCGUUUCAGAACAACCCAACUGUUUCCUCAGUCAACACACCAACAUUGAUGUCCAAUCCAAUGCAACAGCAAUUUCAGGAUCUCUCUGGCCAAUAUCGAGGCACUCCAGAUUCAUCAGCACCAGGGACACCGGCUGAGCUAGAUGAAAGUAUUAUGAGCGGUAUGGGGGACAUGUCCAUGCAAAACAACCCGCUUCUUAUGGGAAAUCAAACCCAGAACUUUGGCCUGGGAGGGUUUGGUGGGAACAGCGAUAUGAUUGAUUUGUGCAUCGAUGAACCCGCCAAGCGACUGUUCAGUCCCACUGGAGGGUAUGGCAGUCAAAACCAGCAGUACGCCCAUAUGAGACUUGGCAGCGGACAAUAUGGUCCGAACAGUGAUAUUGCACGACGAAUUAGAGAGCAACAGAUGCUGGCCGGUGUACCAGAUACCACCGCCGGUAUGAUGCCAAAUGACGAGCCCAAGCCUUUCAGAUGUCCUGUGAUAGGGUGUGAGAAGGCAUACAAGAAUCAGAACGGGCUUAAAUAUCACAAAUCUCAUGGUCACAAUAACCAGCGACUUCACGAUAACGCAGAUGGCACAUACUCGAUUGUCAAUCCAGAGACCUCGAUUCCAUACGAGGGUACACUAGGCAUGGAGAAGGAGAAGCCGUACAAAUGCGAGACAUGCGGCAAGCGAUACAAAAACCUGAACGGUCUCAAAUAUCACAAAACGCACUCACUGCCAUGCAAUCCAGAACUGCAAAUCAAUGGCGGCCCGGGCACAUCUACUGGCAUGAUGCCAAACCAAAGCCCGAGUCAAACUCAAAACAUGGGCGUCCCUGGAGCUGGUCUUUCUGGAGAAGCUGGCAUAGCCUGA